AUGGAUCGAGAGUUAUUUGAAAUCUGCCAAGAGAACAGUUCCACCGCGUUCUCAGUUGGAUAUCAGCUAGUCUACCUGAUUUAUGUUGUCUUAUCAGUCACUUCUGUCUUUACAUGCUCAUAUUUUAUCAAAACUUUCAUAUGGAAGUCCACAUUUCAUCCGAAUUUCAAACUUCUUCUCACAAUGUAUUUCUCUGCUGCAAUAUUCCACUCCAUCCUAUUCACAGCUUCAUAUUUAAUGAUGAUUGAACGAUUUUUGGAUUAUCAAACCGAAUGUGAUAUUCACGUAUCAGUAGUUCCAUACAUGAUUGUACACAGCUCUAUUGCAAUCUGCCUAUUUUGCGGAAUGUUGACACAGGUGUUCAUGGUAAUCGAAAGACUUUUUGCAACAAUUAAAAUAGAGAGCUACGAGCACAACACUUCCUUCAAGCACAUUCUUGCUUAUUUAUUUUUUUGCAUAGUCCUACCAGUUUCUCUUCUGGUUUGGGCUUAUCAAGAUGCGGAUUAUAAAUCACCAGUUAUCACUGCAAUCAGCCCUCCAAAAGGUGUUGAGUUUCGACUAAACAUACUCUACAUUUUCUGCUUCCUUCUUGCAAUCCUUGCUCUUAUUCUGCUUCAAGUCGUUCGAUACGUCAACAAAAGGAGAGAAAGCAGAAUUGAGAUCAGCUUAUCCGGACGAUUCCAAAUUGUGGAGAAUAUUGAUACGACUACAUUUAUUUCUUCCAUUUUAAUCAUCAACAUGAUCAUUUCCGUGAUUUACAUCGUGGGAAUUUUCUCACUCAGAAAUUUUGAAUUCGAUGUUUUCAUCAACAAUCGAGCAGGAUUAUCUACGGUGAAACUUGUGUUUUAUCUUCAUCCCUUGUUCUCUUUUCUGAUGCCACUGAUAUCCAGUUAUCACUUAUCUAAAAUGCGUGAACGUCGUCUGAAAAGGAGAGAUCAUCUAUUGGCAAUAAAAACAAAAGGAAGAGAGGGAUCUGAUGCUUACAAUCAGUUGCUACAUGAUCAAUGGCAACAACACUUUCUCAAGUGA